GUUGACGGAUUGCCAGUCGUAUCUAAAGCGUAUAGCAGAUAGCAACAGUUAAUCUAACGAUAUAAAUGUUCGUACUACGGUAAUCAUACCACAGAACGCUAUUGCUAGCCGAAGAGAAAAUAUUUUUUGCUAUAAAUAUUUCAAGACACCAUGAUUGAUAAAGUUGCCUUAGUGACGGGGUCCAACCAAGGCAUUGGAUUCGCUAUCGUCGAAGAAUUACUAAAGAGAGGAGUAAAAUAUGUCUACGUGACAUCUAGGAACGAGCAACGGGGCCAGGAUGCCGUCAACAAGCUUAAAGCAAAAGGUCUGAAUCCUCUUUAUCAUCAGCUAGAAGUCACUGAUGCAGAAAGUGUUAAAAAAUGCGCGGCUUACUUGAAAUCAAAACAUGGUGGCUUGGAUAUACUUAUCAAUAACGCUGGCGUCAUUGUUGAAGAUUGGGAGAAAACCACAUACGAGGACGCAGUUCGAGUUAUCACUACCAACUACUACGCUAUCCUGACGAUCCAGGAGCAUUUCUUUCCAAUCCUGAAUCAAAAUGCAAGAGUAAUCAAUAUUUCAAGCGACUGUGGGCACAUUUCUAAUCUCAAAAAUAAAGAUUGGAUAGCCAGAUUAACGAAGAAAGAUCUCAAGAAAGAUGACGUCGAUGCAUUCGUUAACUGGUUUUUAGACUCAGUGAAGAAUGGAACUUUGAAGAACGAGGACUUCUUUCAAACUGAACUGCUCGCAUACCGGAUUUCCAAAGUGGCGCUGUGCGCGUUGACCAUCGUGCAGCAGAAUGAGAUUGAUAGAAACAUUUCUGUGAACUCUCUUCAUCCUGGAUUCGUGCAGACGUCGAUGACUAACGGGAGUGGCCCGUUUACUAUGGAACAGGCUAGCAAAGCGCCGGCAUAUUUAGCUUUGGACGUGGAUCAGUCGGUGAAGGGACAGUACUUCUGGUAUGAUAAAGAAGCAAAAGAUUGGCGGAACCCAAACCUUCCGCUUUACUGUGAUUUUAAUGUGACAAAGCAGUAUUUGUAAGUUGUGAAAAAAAUGUUAUUAUAACAUAAAAUAUGUACCUAACAAAUCUAACUUAAUAUUUUACUUUAAUUUAACCGUAGAUUAUACUUUGUCAUUAUGGUUGGAAAAUAUUGUCAUAUCUUUUGGGAGGCAAAUAUAAUUUUCAUCGUUUCAA